CUCUGUGAUUCCGCCCUUAGCUUCCGGUUCCGGGGGGCGGCGGCGAUUUCUUCGGAGGUUAGAGGCACUGCGGGACACACAGAAUGGCUGUGGUAUCGCUACUGUUGUUCGCGACUUUGUGUAGUGCUGUGGGAGCAUCCAAUCUGGCUGUCGUUACGUGCGGUUCUGUGGUGAAGUUACUCAAUACGCGCCACAACGUGCGACUGCACUCACACGACGUGCGCUAUGGGUCAGGUAGUGGGCAGCAGUCAGUGACAGGUGUGACCUCUGUGGAUGACAGCAAUAGCUACUGGAGGAUACGGGGGAAGACCUCCACAGUGUGUGAGAGGGGAACCCCCAUCAGAUGUGGCCAGCCCAUCCGACUGACACAUGUCAACACUGGCCGAAACCUCCAUAGUCACCACUUCAUUUCACCGCUUUCUAGAAACCAGGAAGUAAGUGCGUUUGGUGAGGAAGGUGAAGGUGAUUAUCUGGAUGACUGGACAGUGCUCUGUAACGGGCCCUACUGGGUGAGGGACGGUGAGGUGCGGUUCAAGCAUUCUUCCACCGAGGUUCUGCUGUCUGUCACAGGAGAACAAUAUGGUCGACCCAUCAGUGGGCAAAAAGAGGUGCAUGGCAUGGCUCAGCCAAGCCAGAAUAACUACUGGAAAGCCAUGGAAGGCAUCUUCAUGAAACCCAGUGAGCUGUUGAAGGUAGAAGCCCACCAUGCAGAGCUGUGAGUCUGCAGGCUGUGAGCCACUGUCACCACAUAGUGUUCAUUGACAUCUGCUGCUGUCUCACCUUGGGAUCGGCGCCACAGGGUCCCUGGGCAUUGGCCAUGUCACCACUGAGAUGAAGAUGGACGCAGAAAACAGUAACUGUGUGUGGAAGCUUUAGCCCUUCCCAGUUGAAAUGGUUGUUCUCCCAGACUUGGGUCCGUUCUUUCUGAGUGCAAGACUUGUUGGUAAAGGAGCAGGUGCAUUUUACUCAUAUUGAUAAAACAGAAACUGAGGGAAAAAUCCCACCUAACCGGGAAAUUUUUACUCUUCAGAAGCUUGGCAUCAUGGAUUAUUAAUGUGUGUGACUUUUUCCCUGCUUUCUUUCUCUAAAAUGAUAAAAAGAUUUCAUUGUUA